GGGAUGCGAGGAGGUUGGGCCGGAAGCAGUGACGGCAACGUGCGGCGCAGGGUCCCUCCGGAGAUCGCUGGGGCAUUCACCGGGGGCGGCGCCCCUCAGCCGCCCCGUGUUCUGCGGGCUGCCCUCAGCCGGGAGGAGCUGCUGCCCUGAGCACAGCUCUGCUGCGCGGAAACGCCAUGAGCUGCUUCACUCCCCAUGACGGGGAGAUCUGCCUCCAGCUUUCUGUAUGCGUGGAAGGGAGUCUUGUGUUCGUGCUUGCCGGGAAGUGAAACCUGCAAGGGGAAAGAAAUGAGCCGUCAGACUGCCACAGCACUACCUACAGGUACUUCAAAGUGUACACCAUCACAGAGGGUGCCCGCACUGACUGGCACUACAGCUUCCAAUAAUGACUUGGCUAGUCUCUUUGAGUGCCCUGUGUGUUUUGACUAUGUGCUGCCACCAAUUCUUCAGUGUCAGAGUGGGCAUCUCGUUUGCAGCAACUGUCGCCCCAAACUUACGUGCUGUCCAACUUGCCGAGGCCCGCUUGGCUCCAUUCGUAACCUGGCUAUGGAGAAAGUUGCCAAUUCUGUACUAUUCCCAUGUAAAUAUGCCUCUUCCGGAUGUGAGAUAACUUUGCCACACACCGAAAAAGCAGACCAUGAGGAGCUAUGUGAGUUUAGGCCUUAUUCCUGUCCGUGUCCUGGUGCUUCAUGUAAAUGGCAAGGUUCUCUGGAUGCUGUAAUGCCACAUCUGAUGCAUCAACAUAAGUCAAUUACAACACUUCAGGGAGAAGAUAUAGUGUUCCUUGCUACAGACAUUAAUCUUCCUGGUGCUGUUGACUGGGUUAUGAUGCAGUCUUGUUUUGGCUUUCAUUUCAUGUUAGUAUUGGAGAAACAGGAAAAAUAUGAUGGUCACCAGCAGUUCUUUGCAAUUGUACAGCUGAUAGGAACACGCAAGCAAGCUGAAAACUUUGCUUAUCGACUUGAGCUAAAUGGUCAUAGGCGGCGAUUGACUUGGGAAGCAACUCCUCGAUCUAUACAUGAGGGAAUUGCAACAGCCAUUAUGAAUAGUGACUGUCUAGUCUUUGACACCAGCAUCGCACAGCUAUUUGCAGAAAAUGGCAAUCUAGGCAUCAACGUAACUAUAUCCAUGUGUUGAAAUGGCAAUCAAACCUCUUCAGGCCAGUGUUGAAACCCUUGCAUUUAAUUUAGCAGAACCUAGGGUAACCAUCUUUGACUGUCAGACAAAUUAUUUGGUAGACGGAGAGUAGACAUAUGAAGGUAAAUAAAAGGAAAGGCUGUUAAAUUGCAGGAAGCAGUUGCAUGUAGUAACACUAAUAUAUUUAAAAAGUCAACAGUAAACCACUGAAAAUAUAUAUACACCCAAACUGGGCAUCUUUUGUAUUAAGAAUUGAUUCUACAGGAAACGUUGUAAAAUAAUUCUAAAAUCUUGUUUGUAGAUUGAUUGUACUGUUGAAAAGGAUACUGUUUCGUGUUUUUGUUUGUGUUUUUUUUCCUUCCCCUUUUGACUGACAAGCCAUGUUGAGCGGUCUGGUCUCUGGCCGCUGCUUCCCCUCCUCUCCCCCCACCCCCUCUUUGUAAGUCACUACAUAGUAUUGCUGCUGUUUGUGUAUAUUUUUUGUGUAUUUGCUAAUUUUUAUUAACUUCUAGUUUUUCAUUAAAUAAAUAUGACUUUCUUUUCUGUAAUUCAGGUUUUCCUCUUUUUUGUAUCUUUUUUAAAUUAAUUACAGGUGUCAUCUUUUGAUAUGCAUAAUUGCUAUGGUAAAUCUUCUAUUUCUGUAUGUUUGGUAAAUUUUGUCUCUUUCCAGUAGUCAAUUCAUUGGUGAUACUGUUCUUAAUUUAGCUAUUUUGUGAAUGUACUGAACUCAAAAGGAGUGCUUGUGUUCAAACAUCUAUUGGGAAAGAAAGCUCCUUUAAAAACAGGUCUAAAUGUUGUUGUACUUUGAGUUACCUUUGAACAAAAAUGAGCAACUACUAAGAAUUUUCUGAGAUUAAAAAAAUACUUCACGUUUCAAAUUUGGAGAUGCUUAGAAACUUGAUUGCAUCCUUGUAUUUGUUGGUUUUGCAGUACAAAGAAGCUGUUGUCUUACACACUGUUUGUAAUUCUAAAAGCAGACUUUUUUUUUUUUCCUUUUUAAGAAGGCAGUCAGAAUGAGAUGUUUUCAGUCUUUUUAUAUCUGUCAUUAAAAGAAUAUGUGGCAAAUUAAACAAAACCCACAACUUUUGCUUUUUGCUUUAGCUCAAAGUUUGAUGUGUUGACACUCUUGCUCAGUUUUUUGUCUUUAUGUCUUUUGGUUGCUACUAAAGUAACUGUCGCGAACAGAUUUUUGUAUCUCAUCUUUAUGACAUGAUAAAAUGCAAAUAACCUCUUAGAGGUGCGACUCACCAGCCACAGCAGCUGCAGAAGGAUACUGGGCUUUCUACAGACUGCCUGUAUGUGAAAACGUUAACUAUGAAUGUCUCUGGUAUUUGUGUUACAAAACCUAGACAUAAAGACAGAAAAAGAGUAAAGUGAGAAGCGGUUUAUCUCAGGCUAUUUAAAAGAAAUCUCUGUCAAACAUAGUAGUAGUGGACAUGUUUGUGGAGGUAGUCUGGCUAUUAACUACAUUUGUAACGUUAAAAUAGUUUAUCUACUGUGCACAAUCUUAACUUUCUUGUCAGAAGUUGAGCUAUUAAGACAACUUACUAUUUUGAUGCAUGAUGAGGUAAGUAGUUCUACAGGUAAGGAAUAAAAUAUUCACUAAGUUGGAUUAAAAAAAUGCUACAGCAAUAGUUGCCUUCAUAUAGAAGUUCCAUUUAAAACUUGAUUAUAUUUAGGCUGUUGGAACUGCUCAGAUUUCAUUAAAAGAUGUUCUUGUCCAGUACCUUGUGACAGUAGAUAAACACUUCAAAAAUUCUGCAGUCCAGCAUUUUAUUUAGGAAUACACAACUAAUUCUUUGUUUGCAGUCUUCUAAAAUUCAGUAAUUAUUCUCACCUAAUGAAGCUUGUCUAUAUUUACCUUAGGUUUGUCUUCUGAUCUUUGACAGAAUCUUAGCUAAACACUUCCACCUAUUUUUAGAGGACUACAAUGACUUGCCAUGUCACUAGUUCACUUGCGAGUGGCUGGCUUGAACUGCCUGCCAAGGUUAGCUGAUUUUUGAUCUCUCCAGUUUUGUUACAAAAAUCUAGCUAAGAACCUGUUGAAUGCCUUGCAGUCUGAAAUUCACAAUUAUAGAGUGACAGGCCUGCAUAAGCACACAAGUUGUGUAAGACUAUUCUCUGCUGCUUUUGCUUGGAAUGGUUCAGCUGGUGUUGUGUCCCCAAAAGACCUGUGAAUCUUAAAACCUCAUAGCACUGAUUGCAGUGUUUUUAUUUAGGCCAGAAUGAGCUGAAGACAAAGAAUGUACUUUUGAAAGGAACUUCAAAAAUUGCAUUUGUGAUGAGUUUUAGAAGCUAACUGGUAUGAUCAGACAGGUGCUUUUCUUUUUCCUGUUGCCAAAUGCUAUAGCAUAACUAAUGUAUGCUGACUUACUGUAAUGUGAACUGUUAUUAACUCCAUUUGGUGUUACAAAAAAAAAUCUGUGUAAAACAUUUUACUUUGAAUCAUUCAAAUGGAAUGAUUAAACAAACUACACUUAGCCCCAGAUUUCCAGAAUUAUUAGAAGCUUAAUUCAGUGGAUCUUCUCUAAAGAAUUUGAGGGUCUGGUAAGUCAACUACACUCUGUUACAUAUGAAAAAAGAAAGCAUAAUGGCAAUCUGUACAGUUUACUACCUUAUCUAAAAUAAAUGGUGUAUUGAAGCCUGC